AGGAAUGAACCAAGGAAAGCUCCUUUCCAGCCGUGUUCUUCCCCCCCCCACAAGACUCAUACUCAAAUAUUCCAAGUUGAUGUUCAAGAAAGAAAGAGGGAGAAGCAAACUGAAGUUGUGAUGAACCUCCCCCUCCAAUUAUUGGAUCUUGGUACAGUCUAAAGAGUUUUCUGGUUAAGAAGCCGGGAGUUCUCUGUUUGCAGUUUGUGUGUGUGCUUGCCGGACAGCUCAGGAGCCCCGUGGUGCAAACUUGGUUUAAUCCAGAGUGCCAUGGAUUCUAAGUCAGUAAAACCUUUCAAAAACCAAAAUUACCAGCAACUGAAGCACAAAUGCCUUGAACAAAGGAAUCUCUUUGAAGACCCUGAAUUUCCAGCGUCUGAUGCAUCUCUCUUCUACAGAAGUCCCCCACCAGGGAAAGUGGAAUGGAAGCGGCCAAAGGAACUCUGUGAAGAUCCUCACUUGUUUGUCAAUGGAAUCAGCUCCCAUGACUUGCUUCAAGGGAAGUUGGGGAACUGCUGGUUUGUGGCUGCCUGCUCUUGCCUGGCUCUUCGAGAGAAUCUCUGGCAAAAGGUGAUUCCAAAUGUAAAAGAACAGGAGUGGGAUCCAAAGCAACCAGAGAAAUACGCAGGAAUAGUUCACUUCUGUUUCUGGUGUUUUGGAGAAUGGAUUGAUGUGGUCAUAGAUGACCGACUGCCAACAGUGAGGAAUGAGCUGAUCUUCUGCCAUUCUAACGACCGCAAUGAAUUCUGGAGUGCACUUUUGGAGAAAGCAUAUGCCAAAAUGGCUGGGUGUUACGAGGCCUUAGAUGGGGGCAGCACUGCAGAGGCCAUCGUUGACUUCACAGGAGCAGUUACAGAAUCCAUUGACAUGGCCGACGGCAAAUAUAGCUAUGAUAUAAUUGAGCAGGCAAAGCUCUUUGAAGAGUUGCUGAAAGUGCAAAGAAGAGGGGGGUUGAUCUGCUGUUACAUCACGCCUCUCUCCUCGAGCGAAUUUGAGGGACAGACUGAAAUGGGUUUGGUCAAGGGCCAUGCCUACGCGGUGACAGAAGUCCUGAAGAUGCGCCUUGGAGAGAAGAUCCUAUCAUGUGCAAAGUCUGAGAAACUCUUCAUGAUCAGGUUGAGGAAUCCCUGGGGAAAGAGCGAGUGGACUGGUGCAUGGAGCGAUGAAUCCGAGGAGUGGAAAAAAGUGAGCAAAGCAGAAUGGAAGAAAUUAGGACUCACAAUCGAAAAUGACGGAGAGUUCUGGAUGUCAUUUGAAGACUGGUGCAAAAGCUUCACUGAUGUGGAUAUCUGUCGGAUUGUGAACACGUCAUUUUUCAGUAUCCAUAAGACCUGGGAAAAGAAAAUGAUGCAUGGAUGGUGGACCAAGAAUCCAGACCCCUUGUUGAACCGCUCUGGAGGCUGCUUCAAUCACCAAGCCACCUUCUUACAAAACCCACAGUAUGUCUUUGAUGUUAAGAAGGUAGAAGAUAAAGUGCUAAUCUCAUUGCAGCAGAAGGACCAGCGUAUUUACAAGAAGGAAGGGAAAGGGGAUCACUUUGUUAUUGGCUUUGAAAUCUUCAAGGUGGAGAACAACAGAGAAUAUCGAAUGCAUACGUUGACCAUACAAGAGAAGGUGGCAACAUCCACAUACAUUGACAAUCGCACAAUAUUUUUGAAGGUGCUUCUCAAGCAAGGCCGGUAUGUCCUGAUCCCAACCACCUUCAGACCUGCCAUUGAAGCUGAGUUUAUUCUGAGGCUGUUCACAGAUGUGCCAUCAGAACUCAGGGAGCUGACACUGCAUAAACCCAAGCUAAUGUGCUUGGACAUCCUAUGUGGUAUCCCUCGGAGGGUGUCCCAAAUUAAAAUCCACUCAGUGGAGGGGCUCCAGAGUCAAGACAGACAUGGCGGAGCCAAUCCCUAUGUAAUCAUCAAGUGCGAGAAUUGGACAGUUCGCUCUCCCGCACAGAAGGGCACCAUCAAUGCUGUGUUCAAUAUGCAAGCCAUUUUCUACCGAAGGAAGUCUGAGCAUCCAAUUAUUGUCCAGGUUUGGCACAGCAACAUCUUGUGCGACCAAUUCCUAGGACAAGUGCUGAUGACAGCAUCACCCGGUGAUCCCAGAGAACUUCAGAAGCUCCAACUCCAGGGCAGAGGGAGGCGCCAAGCAGAGGAGAUGCCAGGUCACAUCACCCUCAAGGUUCUUUCUAGCGAUGACCUUGUGGAACUCUGAAUACCGAGGGCUGACGGGCCCAGUCAGUCUUGUUGGCAUCCUCCAUGGGGAUGAAGCCAGAGCCGUUGAUUUGCAUGUAGGCACAAAUUGCUUUAAAGACAGCCUUCUUCGGAUGUUGUGCCUGGGCUCUACCUGGGUAACAAGAAAUGGCUCAAUAAAGAGAUUCGGAAGGAGACAGAGAGCCACUGUGCCACCGAUAUAUCAUUUCCCCUCUCUUUCACCACACACAUAUAGAUUUCUCCAUAUAUAUCUUCUCUCAACAGACAGGACCUGGUUCCAAGAGCCGGCUUCACUACGGCAAUUGGCAUGAAACCAUUACAGUCUUGCAAGUUGCCAUGCAUUUUAGCUGUUUGGUUAGAAGAUGGUGUUUCAUGGAGAUAGGCCACACUGGAUUAGCUUCCAAGGCCAAGAUGUAAAAUGUGGAGGAAAGCGGGGAGGGCCACAUGUGUUGAGAUCAUUGGAGAUUUAGCCUACGGUUGGGCAGCUGGAUUGCCUUUUGCUUUUUGUAUGAAUGCUGUGCCCUGAUUGGCAUUAUAUAGGAACAGUAGAAGCUGCCUUAUACCGAGUGAGACCAUUGUCCACCCAACUCAAUAUUAUCAACACUCUCGGGUUUCGGACAGGGGACAUUCCCAGCCCUAUCUGCAGGGGCCGGGGAUCAAACCUUGGACCUUCUGCAUGCAAAGCAGAUGCUCUACCACUGAGCUAUGAUCUUUCCCAAUUACCCUGAGUAUUGCUUCUAAUAGUAAGGGCAGCACUUUUUUUUAUUUUUCUCGUAUUCAGUAUCCCCAUGACAGCCAGUAGCUGAAUUUGACAUAUAGGGUGACGAAUCCCAGGAUGAGAGGAUCAACGUUCCAGAAAGCUCUACAUAACGUUGCCAUUCGUGUUCUGCAGUGGGGGGGGGCGGGAAGGUUGCAGCUAUGAGGAAUCAACAUAAAACAAUAUUAUACAAAUAUAUCUGCCUUGCAGCUGAGCCAGAUUUAAUUGCAUCACAGUAAAAAGUGAACAGAAAAAGAAGGCUAGAUAUGAGAGCAGAUUGUUGUACCUCUCCAUCUUGCACUUUUGCUUCUGUCGUCGAGGGCAAUCGUUAUCAGCCACAGGAGCUUAAUAAAAUAUAUGCUUUUACUAUUGAGUUGUAUCCGGUGGUUACAUGAGCUGAAAGUAGAUGAUGCUAUUCAUCUUUCUCUUCUCUCCCUGACCUCUGCAGCCCUCUGUAUCCCCCCCAAAAAACCUCUCUCUAGAGAGUAGCUAUGUCAUACAAGUCCAAGGGUGUAGUCAUGCAGGGUCUCAGGGGCUCUUAGACCCUUUAGGUUUUUGGGAGCAGGGUCCCUAUGUCCCCAGCAUCCUACAAGCGAAACAUCAUGAAAGGGGAGUGUGUUAGUCACAGAGAAGGGUCUUUAACAUGCUUCCUUGCCCUUUCUUGUGGAUUGGAGCCAAUCAAAGGAGAUGAGUCAAACACUGAGAAGACUCUUUUCAGUAGCUAACACUCUCCUCUUUCAUGCUUAUUAGUUCCUAGGCAUUAUCAAGGAUCUCAUUCUCAGCAAAAAAAAAAAAUGAGGAGGGGCAUGACUGUGAUUAACAUGAAGGGACCCUGCACUUCUGAAUUUGCCACUACACUACCAUACAGGUCUGCAGAGGGAGGAGCAAUAUUGCCCCAAGUCACGCCGAGAGGUCUUGCUCAGCAGGCGUUCCACUUGCUCAAGGUCUCUUCCCUUGAUUUCAGGUGAUCCCCUCUCCCUCCCACUUGUCAGAGUUGUGGGAGGGCAGCCAUCUGCAGUAAGACCCCACCUGCUCUAUACAUCCAAACCAGUUUCAUCGUGCCACUUCAAACAGUCAUGGUGUCCCCCAAAGAAUCCUGUGAAACUGCUUUUCUCAAGCAGACCCAAUGCAAGUUACAAUAAAAAUGUUAUACAAACAUAGCAAUAAAGUGAAAAACAAUCAUUUAUCCACUGUCUAAAGCAUUAUGUGAGAGCCAGUGUGGUGUAGUGGUUAAGGUGGUGGACUACGACCUGGGAGACCAGGGUUUGAAUCCACACACAGCCAUGAAGCUCACUGGGUGACCUUGGGCCAGUCACUGCCUCUCAGCCUCAUGAAAACCCUACUCAUAGGGUCGCCAUAAGUCGGAAUCGACUUGAAGGCAGUACAUUUACAUUUAGAUAAAGCAUUAUAUAUAGCAACACAAUCAGUUUAUCUAUAUUACACUAAGGGCUCCUCCAGACAACAUGUUUAUUGAGCAUUUAUCCUGGUUUGCUUGCACAAACCUUACACAGAUGUUAGACUAGAGCCAUGUCUUCAUCAGGCAUUUAAUUAUGAAACCAGGUCCAAGUUUCAGACUUAGCACCCAAGUACAUGGCUAGUAGCAGCGAUGGCUGGUGCUCAUGGAAACUGGUAGGGCAGAAGGCAGGGAGCCCAACAGUAGGUGGAGCCAGUGACAAUGGCAGCCACAAACCACUAAUUCUAGUUUUGUUCCCAUCCCCCCCUGCUGAGUUCUACAAGGGGCAACACUAAGACUUAAGGAGGGAGAAGAAACCAACAGGCAGUGCUAACCCCUGGGCUGGAUGAAACCAAGUAGGCAGGUAGGUGGGGGCUGCCUCAGAUCAGCGGUGUAAUGCCCCAUUUGCCCUAAUGGACCAACCUCCACUGGUUGGUGGUCUGUGCUCGGCUUUUAGAUACCUGAAAUAUCAUCUCACCCCUUAUCAAUCACUGCGCUCUGCAGGUGAGGGCCUCCUGCAGAUAGCAAUCUCAUCAGGAGGUCCAUUCUGCACAACAUAGGAAGCGGACCUUUAGCGUUAUGGCACCUACCCUCUGGAAUUCCCUCCCCUUAAAUAUUAGACAGGCGCCAUCUCUUCAAUCUUUUGGGUUCCUGCUGAAGACCUUCCUCUUUCAACAAGCCUUUUAAGUAGAGACCUUAUCCGAGUCUGUGCCUGUGUUGGGAUUGCUUUUUAUACGUUUUUAAAGCUUUUUUAAAAAGAUGUUUUAUUAUUAAGAUGUUGUUAGUGUUUUUUCCAUUUUUGAUAAUAGCAAUGAGGACAACAAUAUGGCUUGGGAGAACCUUAUAAAGCAACAUAAGAGGAUGAUUAGAAGUGAAUUGCAUGCCUCCACUUUGUUAGAAUACUGUCGUGUUCAAUGUAUACCCAGGGGUUUAAGAAUGUUAAAAGCACCUGGCAUGUUUCAAGUCAAUAAAGAAUUCAUGGGUAAAUGGUGUGCCAUUCUUAACCAAUGCUCACAGGACCGUAUGGUUUUAGUAGUAGACACCUCCACUAAAAUCGACUCUCAGCUGAAAUAGUCUCUUAAUGAACAAAUUGAU